CUAUAAAAAAAUAAAUAUUAUUUAAAAACGGAAGCGAUAGGAUUUUUUCGCUAUGGUAACACUAAUUUUUUUUGUUGACUAAAAGUGACGCUCAGGUGGUGUGGUGUUUGGCUUGUAGUGUCGUUUUGUCCGUCGACAAGUGCGGUACUGUGACGGUAUUAGUGAAAAUAUUGUGCAUCUAUACGAUAACAUCAUGGAAUUCAGCGAUGAGGAAAGGACAAUCCUCGCUCGCUUGGUAUCUGAGCAUCCGAUUAUGAGGUGCCAAGUUAACAGUAACGUAGUGCUUGCAGCGAAAGAGAGAGCCUGGAGAUCUAUUACCGCACUCUUUAAUUAUGUUGGUAAUACGCCUAUACGGCGUGAUAUUAACGCCCUCAAAAGGGCGUGGCUUGAAAUGACAGCGCCACCCGCAGAUAGCGAUGAAUGGGACCGCUUGAAUAAUAACGGUCCCAACGCACAAAUUGAUCCACCUCCUGAUCCCAUGUUGAAUAACGGCAACGUAGAUUAUAACCAUAAUCACACAACCGAAUAUAACGCUAGUCGUAGGCGACAAUUGGCCAUACAAAUGACGUUGCACACUUUAAGAAGGGAAUUGCGAGUUCUGCAGAACCAGAUCGAGAACAUAAGAACGACUGUUGAAGCAUUUCAAAAUCAGUUAGGAAUGAAUCAACCAAGUGAUCCAGCCGAACAACCAGAAUAAAAGGAAUGCGUUUGAAUCAACCAAGUGAUCUAGAACCAGUACAACCAGAAUAAUCAGGAUAUUGUUUAAAAAAAGAACGGCCUGUUUAAUUUUUUUUUCAAACUUUCAAAUUUUGUAGUGGGCUAAUGAUUCCCUUUAUGCUAUGCUAUGAGAUUGUUAUAUGUAGUGGGCUAUAAUUUUCUAUAUAAAUAACAGGCUAAGGGGUUUUUUAAAUAUAGUGGGUUAUGAUUUUUUAUAUCUAAUGGGGUAAGGGGUUUUUAUAUAUAGUGGGCUAUGAUUUUCCAUAUGUAAUCUGUUCUGGGUUGUACUGGUUUGGCCGCUGUCGCUAGAUAUUCGCUUCGUGACUUUAGGUCGUGUCAAUGGACAUGGUUCCGCCUAUCAUAAUGCUUAAGAUUGCACAAAAAAAUAAAUAAAAAGAAUUAAUAAACAAAAAAAAAAA